AUGUCUUUAGAACAAACUGCUUGUGAUGACCUGAAGGCUUUUGAAAGACGCCUAACAGAGGUGAUAGCAUGUCUCCAGCCGGCUACUAUGAGAUGGAGAAUUGUUCUUGCUGUGGUGUCCGUGUGUACAGCUAUAGCCGCCUGGCACUGGCUGACUGAUCCUUUAACUCCUGUGGUAUCACUCACACAAUCUCUCUGGAAUCACCCAUUUUUUGCAUUUACAUCUACCUUUCUAGUUCUACUAUUUAUGACGGGAGUCCAUAGAAAAGUCAUCGCACCCAGCAUUAUAACGGCAAGAACACGUUCAGUGCUAAAUGACUUCAACAUGUCGUGCGAUGAAACCGGAAAGCUCAUACUUAAACCAAGACCAGCGAAUACUUAA